UUCUUCAACAACAGACAAACCAACCCUGGCGGAGAGAAUACUGGAGGUGCCUCGGAGUUAUAUUUAUAUACCUGAAAAAGUGUUUUGUUUUCCACUAAAGCUGGCAGUAUCAGCAUUUGUUGCCUUUGUGGCAAUCUAUCACAGUGCAUUGUUGUUAGUUGUCCUGGUGGUCCCCACUCUCCAUAUUGUUUGUGCUGGUAUUGAUGAAAACAUCGCCUUCCUGUUGUUGAGGUUUGGGAUUGUCCUGUCAGAUGACAGAAUGGAGUGUGCUACCUCUGUGCAGUGACCUCUUCUUGUCUGGUCAGUCUCAUCAUGCUCAUGAGGUCCAUGGUACUUCAUAGGUAAGUGCAGUAAAAACUUGUAGAGAGGAGUCACUGGCUACAGAAGAAUAUAUUUUCUUAGAACAACAUUAAUUGAUUUUUGAACACUUGCAGGAAUUGCAAUAAGCAGACACACUAUACAGUACACUCUGAAAAGAAAUGUUUAGACUCAACAAAAGAAAUUAACGCAACAUUUUGCAUUAGUCUUUUUGAGUUAUGACAACGUCAUUAGAAAUUACAUUGAACCAACAAACUACAUUGCGUUAGGGGAAUUAGCUUUUCCUCUUCAGUCAAAGAUUAUUUUAAUUACCCCUUAUUAACUGUUAGACUAAAGGCAAGAUUUUAAGUUUAUAACUCACAAAAAUUAUGUUGCUCCAAGUGGCUUUACCGUAUUAUUUUAAAGCAAUUUUAUAUGUUGUAUAGUUAAUUACUAUAAUAAUGUAUACAAAAUU